AUGAUCACGUGACUUACCGAGCAUGGUUUAAGGUCUGCAUAUUGUUUGAAUCCACCAUCUUGCUCUGUGGAGUUAUGAUGGGUUUUAGGAGCUUAGCGGCUGGUUUGUGGUUAUUCCACUGCUUGUUCGUCGUUUGUGCAAUUGACCGCGAAUUCCCUGGUAAUGCUUACCUCAAGUAUGUUGCUAACGAGAAGCCAAUCAACUCUGAGGAAGACAUCUUGACUCUUCAGUUUAAGACAGUUGAACCCUCUGGACUGUUGUUCCAUACCCAAAUGGGUGGUGGUAGUAGUGGAGACUAUGUCACAGUUGAGCUCUAUAGUGGAAGUUUAAGGUACAGUGUACGGCUUGGUGGAAGUAAUGUUGGCAAAGAAUUGUUACUGGGCCAAGAUCUUAAUGAUGGAAAACCUCAUACUGUAGAAGUGGUACACAAGGAAACUGUCAUAAAUGUCACGCUAGAUCACAAAACAUCGCAAGAGAAGAGGGGUAAAAUUACCACCAAUUAUAAAAAGCUUGAGGUAGAUGUUGCCAUCUAUGUUGGAGGAGCACCUAAUUUCCAAAGCCUCCAAGGGGUCAAAGCAGAUCUUUACUUUGUGGGUUGUCUUACUGAUGUGGAGUUUCGGAUCGAGACAGUUACACCUCCACGUGAAAUACAAUUCCUCAAGGAGGGUGUUGUUGAAAGCGUGAAAGUUGAUAUGAAAAAGGGGUGCUUAACAGUAGCCUUUCAGCCAUACACUUUUUCAAAAUCAGACUCUGCAUUUAUUUGUACAAUUGACAAGAAGACUGAUGUCACUGGAAGCUUUAAGUUCCGAACAUAUCAGAAGUUUGGAACUCUCCUUAAGCAAGGUGAUGAACAGAAUGGUUUCACCAUAAAGUUUGGAGGAAGUGGUAUUACUUUGAGUUUGUUUGUCAAGGGCACAGCGACUGAAGUGACCCUUUCCACUAAUGUUAAUGAGGCAAAGGUUGACUCUGGGAACUGGAUUACUAUUGAAUUUUUUGUCUCUGCCACCAACAUCAGGUUGGAAGGUAAAAAUAAAUUACCAGUCACAAAAACUCCAACUGAACCUGUGGGGAAUAAUUUCUUCCACUCUGAUGUAACAGCUGGUGGUUUCAUUGGCUGUAUGCGAGACCUUAAAAUCAAUAAUAAUGACUUUAAGCCAGUCAAGGGAGUUGACAUCGUCAAAAAUGUGGAAUUUGACAAAUGUAACAUCACUGAUCUUUGUGUCUUUGUCCCCUGCUUGAACGGUGCAACAUGCACAACUGAUGGAAAGGAGCUGACUUGUAAUUGCCCAGGCACUGGCUACAAAGGAGAAGUGUGCCAGUGGGCUGAGUAUGCAGAAAAUUGUGAGGCUCAUAAAAGGCGACUCAUUAAUCUAGGUGGAAAUCCCACUAAUAGUAAAUAUACAGUUGAUGUGGAUGGGCCAGGUCCAUUGGUGUCUGUAAGGCUGUCCUGUAACAUGACAGCCAAUCCAGCAGUCACAGUAAUCGAAACUGACAAAGCAGGGGGGAAGAUUAUCACCACUGGUGAUAAAGGCACUCCAACCCAGCCUUAUACUGAAGACAUAAAGUAUGUUCCUAAUUUAAAAACAGCAAAAGCCUUGGCUAGGAAUAGUGAAGCAUGCAAGCAGUACAUUGACUUUGGAUGCAAAGGUGCUAGACUCCUCAAUGCUGGUGGGAAAGACAAAACAGGCUAUUGGGUUGCUAGUAAUGGACUUUUCAAGUAUUACUGGGGAGGUGCCCCACCCAGUAUGGAAUCCUGUGCUUGUGGAGUGAAUAAGACCUGUUCAGACAAAAGUAAGAUGUGCAACUGUGAUGCAAGAGACAAUGUUUGGAGGAGAGAUCAUGGGUGGUUAACUUCUACAUCUGACCUGCCUGUAACACAAGUGGUUUUUUCUGAUGUGAAGGAAGGGGAGGCAAAUUUUUCCGUUAAGGCUCUAUACUGCACAGGAAAAACCCAAAAUACAGCAACAAUCAUUGACGCAGAUGGUGUGAUAAAGCUUGAUAAGUGGUCCCCACCUUCUCAUGGGAUCAUCUCUCUGUUGUUUAAAACACCUUAUGCCAAGGGAACAAUACUGUACAACGGCGAUAACACCAAAGAUUAUUUCCAGUUGGAAAUUGUCAAUGAAACCAGCAUCAGGCUGAACUACAAUAUCGGCAAUGGAGUUGAGAAAAUAGAAUUGUCUCUGGGAAAUGACAAGAAACUAAAUGAUCGUGAGUGGCACACAGUAACCGUUUAUCACAACAUGUUACAAUUUGGACUGAAGUUGGAUGAAGAAGAAAAAGUGAAAAAGAACCCUGUGCUCUUAGAGAAAGACUUAAACAUGGAUGAUAAGCUCAAUAUUGGAACAAACCCCAGAGAUGUUACAGCAGGAUUUGUGGGCUGCAUUCGUAGACUGACCAUUAAUGGUGAAUUGAUCGACUUGGAGGGAUUAGCAAACUCCAAAGAAUUCAGCUACGUGAAAGGUGGUUGUGGUGCAGCAUGUGACAAAGAUCAUUGCAAACUUGGCAGUAAAUGUGUGGAUAACUAUAAUGUAUAUAAAUGUGACUGCAGUUUAACUCCUUUCUAUGGAUACUUCUGUUCUCUGGAUUAUGGCGCAUCGUUUGCUGAACAAGAAAGCGAGAUAACAUACACCUACCCUACCCCUGAGAAUGUCCCCGGCGUAGACAUAGUUCUUGGCUUCAAAGCGAAUUCCAAAGACAAAUGCGGAGGGGACUUACUUAAGAUCACCAGUAAGGGCACUCAAGAUUUCUUUCUGUUUUCAAUCAACUCGAAAAAGAAUCUCGUGUUUUCCUUCGAAUCCACCACGUCGGGUGAUGGUGAAUUUGAGAUAAGCCCCUCCAAAAACGAUGACUUCUGUGAUGGAAAUAGACACACGUUUUCAUUUGUUCGCCGAAACGAGAAACUUAAUUUCACCGUUGAUGGAAAGGACACACAAGAGGAGAAAAACGACCGGUUAAGAAACCCUUUCCCCCGUAUGGAGAAGAUUAUCGUUGGAAAGCAAGGUGAUACUGGUUUUAAGGGCUGCCUCACGGGUGUCAAAGUGACGCCGUUUAGUUUUGACAAGUCGCAUCCAACAAUAAGUCCCAUCAAGGAUUAUGUUUACGAUGGGAAAACCAAGAAUUACAAGGCCUCUGGUAUCAGUGGAGAUAGUAAAGAGAAGUGUGGCGAGGAGCCGGAGGUGCCUGAAAACCCACCCACCCCGCGAGAUCCGGGCAGUUCCGGUGGCUCUGUCCAGUCAACAAAUCCUUAUGACCCGACUUCUGGAAGACGUACUGAUGAUGACAACAAGACAGCCAUCAUAGUGAUCGUAGUGCUCAUCUUGGUGCUGCUGUUGGUGGUUUUAUUGAUUGUUAUAUACUGGUACUGGGCAAGACAUAAGGGGGAGUAUCACACGCACGAAGACGACGAAGAGCUCAAAAGCACGGAUCCGUACAUUGACAUGACCACCACCCGGAAACCCAUGGAGGAGGACGUGGAGAAGAAGAAAGAGUGGUUCAUCUAAAGGUGGUCUACAUUGUUUAGACGAGUUUCUAUUUCAGUCUACAGCAAUCAUUCAUGUCUUUAGUCGGCCGUGGAGCGCUGAAGAAUCGUGCCAAUCAGUGCUGUGCAUGACUGAUCUUUUAGCUAAGUAAACCUUUUCUAAUUUCCAUGUAAAUCACGCUAGAUUUCAUCAGUUCAUAGAUGAUCUUCUCCCUUAACGUGAGAUAAACUCGCACGAGGGGUUUUGUAUUUGGUACUCCGUGAACACCACUCGCAUACUUUGCGUGUGGCCUAGAAUUAAUGGCAUCUGAACUACUUUAAUCGAAGAUUUUUUUUACAGCAUGAAGUGAAAGUUGUUGUUUGUUUUCGAGGCGAGUUGAUGAGCAUAAUCUGUUUUAUUGGCAGUAUAUUUUACUAUUUUAUUGAAUCAUAAAACUUGAUGUAUUAAAUUUUUAGGUGUUAUGUGCCAUAUGCAAUUGUCUAGCAUAGAGAAAGCUAAUGUAACUUCCAGCCUUUGCCUUUCUGGGUGACAUUAUUCCAUCGAGACACCAUAAUGUAAAAGAGUUUGUACCCAAGGCAUUCGCGGUUUUGGAGUAGUUUGUCCAAUUUCCGGCUCAGCGCUCAGGCAGAAAACCACGUUGCAUUGCAUCAUUAUAAAUUUACGAUUUUUUUCGUGAGACUUAAAAUUUUCAAAAUGGACUCGCGCUUGAGCAAAUUGUCGCUCCAAAAGAGUAGUAUAAGAAAUGUGUGAUUGAUCGAGCUUUUAUCGGUUUCAUUUAAUCGAAGUAUGUUUCUGUUGAUUUUGCUUGAGUUUUUUUUUAGCCUUUACUUUUGGAGUAAUGAAACCAGGCUUCUUUACUUGGCAUCAAAAUUACAUCAAACUUUUCAGAAUGAGGCGUUUCAACGCUUAAUAUGGAAUUCAAGGUUUAGCGCGUUUUUUUUCAAAGUUUGACGUAUGCAAGUAUUUAUCAGGUAUCGAGGUAAAAAUUUUCUUAAGUUGUCUUCGUACAAUAUCAUAUGGAAUUAAAUAAAAAUUUUAAAACUCUUCACCUCGGUGAAUAGAUACUUUUCUUUGUAAACUUGCCAGUAUAAGGAAAUUUAGGGUUCCAAUCUAUGUAGAUUGAAUGUAUAUGUAAAGACUCUUCGAAUUUUCGAAUCAGCAAGUACUAAAUGUAGUUUAAUAGAAGCUAAAGUAGAUCUGUAAUUUUAGGGAAUUGUGCUAAGGCCAAAGCAAGGGUUCCGUGUUUGCGCUUUACCAGUUGGUCGAAUUCAGCACGAACUGGAGUUGCCCUUAGAUGAUUUUCGAAAAACUAUCGCUGAUGAUCAACCGUAUUUUUUCGAACAUCGUCUGUUGUUAACUCUGUCACAAAUUUGAGGACAAUUUCCUAGAGGGACUGUUGCAGAGAUCUCGUCGAAGGGUGUUUUUGCAGAGGGAAAAGAUUAACUGCUCUAUGUGGGAGAAAUAUUUUCAUAAUUUGUACCUUUCUAUCGUUAAUUACCGACCUAAGUUUAUGGGGUACGAAAGAGAGACCCUUGGGGGACCAAUAGAGUGCUUAAAUCCUGUGCGAUCUCAGUUUGAAGUAAUUAGCGCUGUCCUCUGACUUGGUUUCUUGUGGUGGGUUCACGGACAGACUUGUUUUGGUCUUAAAGUGGAAGUCUUUUUUUUUUUUUUACCUCUAAUCAGCUGCAAAUCGCAAAU